AUGGAUAACCGGCGUAAAUUCCCCCGGAAUGAAGAGAGAGAUCGCGAAGAUGUGCCGGUAUACUCGAGACUUUUUAUAGUUUGUGAUCGCAAUCUAAAAGAAGAUAAUUUUAGAGAAGUAUUCUCUAAGUUCGGUUAUAUAGAGGAUGUACGUAUUCCCAGAGAUCAUAAAACAGGAGAACCUAAAGGCGUUGUAUUCAUAAAAUUUUCUAAAACAUCCGAAGCGGCUCUGGCAUUGGAAGAAAUGAAUCUUAAAGUAAUGCCAUAUUCUAGUAGACCGCUUAAAGUGAUGGUGGCUGCUAAUAAAUCGGAUAUACAAUCUGAAGACCACAGCAAUGAGAAAUAUCGUAGAUUAUUCUUACAUAUUCCCAAAGACAUGAAUGAAGAUAUGCUUGAGGAAAAUUUCAAAAAAUACGGACACAUAGAUGACGUUCUUAUCCAGAGAGACAGGAAUACAAGAGAACCAAAAGGUUUCGCCUAUAUAAAAUUUCGAAAAUUUUCAGAAGCGGCAUUUGCAUUUGAGCAAUGUGAGAAAAAAUAUAGAGCCAUCUUCGCUCAACCUAAAGGUGCUAAUAGACGGCCAGAAACAAGUUAUGAGACUAAUAUUAAUCACUUAGCAAUGUCUUCUUCAAAUCAGCGGAACUCUAUCAUGACUAUGAUGAAUGUACAGCCCAGGGGGUACACCCGAGUUAAUUUCAUGUGCAGUCCAUACCUCACACAAAUGCAUGUAGAGUCAUUAUUUGAUAUUGUACCCGGGCUUGUUGAUUUUCGUUACUUUGUCGACUUAGUAAGAAAUUUCAGUAAAGGUUCAGCCCAGUAUUCAAAUCCGGUGUCAGCGGCGUACGCUGUUGAGAAGUUAAAUGAAUUUGAAUAUCCUCCGGGUCAAAAAAUAUUCGUUAAGCCAGCUGAUACAAACUUCGACAGCCAUCCACGUAACCAGGAACAAUCGUUCUCUGAUAUACCGAAUGCUGUCAGUAAUUUGAGAAACGCUAUCGCUUCAACUGCAAAUUCUUCUUCACCUGAUCUGGUACAACUUGCUGAGGCAAUAGCUGAAGCGUCAAAAUUAAUAAAAAUGGCCACAGCAGGAGUCUCAGAUGACAAUAUUCCUGAUAGCAAUGAUUUGAAUUAUUGUAGCGUAAAGUUACCACCCACCCAACCAUUAGCUGAUAUUGACAGUCCAGUAGCUAAGAGGUGCUUCCUGGUCUGCAAACCUCAGCCACCUCCACUUACAGUACUGCGUGAUAUAUUCUGUAGAUUCGGUAAUCUCAUCAAUGUAUACACACUGCCGCAGAAAACUGUAGGCUAUGCUCGUUAUUCUAAAGCGGAGUCAGCUGAUAACGCAAUACAAACGUUACACGGCGCCGAAAUCUGCGGCAUCCGUAUGAAAGUCUUAGAAGCGGAGGAUGAAGCGCCCUCCAAAAGAAUGAGAUAUGAUCAUUAA